UUAUUACAACCCGCCGCGUAAUCGUCCGGUCGCGCUACUAGCAAUACGAGCAGGCACUAAGCAGUGGAGGCAUAGCUCGUCAGUCGAAGUUUGACUGCUUUGGCUUACGGACGUUUUGUCUUAAGUGGCCUUUUUAGCCUUAAAAUCGAUAUUCGUAAUACUACGUAUUGUCGGUGCCAAUAACUAGUAAAUAUCAAAUCAGCCGCAGCCCAACGACAACAAUGGAGGACGUUCAAAAUGGCGCUGUUGUUGCCGCACAAGCGCCCAGUGAUACUUGCGGGAUAAUCGAAAACUAUGACAGUUGUACACCACAGACAGUGUCCAUAGCGCCCUCUUGUGGCUUAAAUUUAAACAACAAUAACAACUCUGUCAUUAAAGGACAGCUUAAGGCGCCUGGAAAUACUGAUCAUAGGAUUAGACGUCCUCGUAGAGGAAAACGUAAAAGUAAAAAAAUGCCAUAUGUCAAAGAUAGAAAUGAUAGAAUGUAUCGUCGAAAAGCUGUUGCUCCAAAUAAUACCAAUCAAUUCCUCAUGGAUGAUCAUAAUGAUGGACCUGAUAUAGAUUUAAAAUUAUUAGAAGUUUCUGCACGAUAUAAUCAUGAAAAUGGUCGAACAAGAAAUUCCAGUUAUACGAGUGUUGAAUCAGAUGUUGAACAUAUUUAUUCAUCAUCAGAUGAAGAUGCAGCAUCCAUGCAAAAAGAAUUUUGUGAUACUUAUAGACUAGUCCAAGAAGAAGAACUAGCUGGUUUAACAAAGCAAGAACUUACUCAAAGAGUGCUGGAUUUAGAAGAAAAAAUACAAAUGCUUGAGUCCAAAAAGUAUAGGAAAAACAUAAUGAUGUAUUUAAAUGGUACAUCUAAAGAUGAUGAGGAAUCUAUAGACCCAGACGAAUACAGGUUAAUGCAAAUGCAAAUCAGAGAAUUAACUUCCCAAAAUAAAGUACUUCAGACUGAAAUUGAAACCCUUAAACAAGUUCAGUCAAGGACAAAUGAUUCUGAUAGUUCUGUUGAUAGUGAAAGUUCUUCAGAUUCUAGUGAUAGUUCAUCCAGUUCAUCAGAUGGACAAGAAAUAGAAAUGAGCUUCCUAGUUAGAAGCAGUGGAAGAGAUCAUGAUGAUCAGAGGCAAAAAAAUGAAUGAUGAAACCAUUAUGAUUGUAAUACUAUUACCCCCUGAAAUCAAGUUGGAAUUUUUCAACAAGUGAGUACAAAAAAAGAAUGCGAUUAACAAACAAUUGAAAGUGGCUCAUAACUAACAAUUUGCAGAGCUCAAUGGAUGAUGGACAUAAAA